AUGCAAGAUAUUACCACCUUAGGCCGUAUUCCUCGCUACGCCGACUUCCAAUUAGCGGCCCUAGCAACCAUUCACGGUAUAUCAAACAUGAUAGCAGACUGUAACCGGAUACUUCGAGGCUCAACCGGUCAAUGGACCACUGUGGUCACGAAUUUAUGGCAGCAAGAGCUGGUCCAGCUUCUGGAGCAAUUUCAAUUCCUUGCAGUCGAACCUCUCUGGAAUUCAGUACCAGCUAUAUCUCUUAUUUACCAGACAGUUUCACUUUCAUUAUCCUUGCCACUUGGCGUCCUCGAAACCUUUUCGGGCAAAGAUGGCGAAGAGCGAUCAUCUACCAUCUACGAAUCGUUCAUUCAACAUAUAAGCCCAGCACACCUGCGGAAGGCGAGCUGGCACGCUGGUCAGAUACUACGUAUUGCAAAGUCCUUGCCUCCUGGAUCUCUUAUCGUUUUCCGUGCUGCUUGCGUUUACUACAGUGCCUUGGCCUUGUGGUCUCUUGCCACAGUGUUCUCGCUAAAGGGUAUGCCUCCGUUGAUUGAAACCCGCAGUACCGACCCGGUGUUCUUUUUGGACGGCAAGAAUGACGGUGAUGUACUACGCCGAUUUACCACUUUGGGCCAGGGAAGCCCUGUCCUAUCCUCCGCCGGUCAGCAUGUUCACUUACAAGACCGAGGGGCGGUCAUGCGUCUCUUCCAGCAAAUAUUUAGUUCAGAGCAUGGUGAAUAUGCAAUUGACCAACAAAGUAGGGCUCUCUGUCAUGCCUUUACCAUACUGGGAAGAAAUGGCGAUGCCCCGAACGGAGGAAUGGAAGACGAAGAUACCCAAUACUAG